AUGAUUGAGCUAGGAUUAGGCCGCAUUGCGCGACUGGUUCAGCAAACUCCGCUGACAUGGUCAGCUAUUCACGUCGCUGGUACCAAUGGCAAAGGCUCAAUCAGUGCCUACCUCUCUUAUUUGCUUUCCGCGGAAGGUGUCCGAUGCGGUCGCUUUACCUCACCGCACCUCAUUGAUAAAUGGGACUGUAUCACCAUUAAUGAACGAGUGGUCCAAGAGUCCCUCUUUCGCCGGAUCGAGUCACAAGUCAGGCAACGGGAUGAAAAGCUUGGCAUCGGUGCAUCCGAGUUCGAAUUGUUGACGGCCACUGCCUUUGAGAUCUUCAACCAUGAGCGCGUCGAAGUCGGAGUCGUGGAAGUGGGAAUGGGUGGCCGUCUUGAUGCCACCAAUGUCUUGAAGCACGUCCUGGUCUCGGUGAUUGCAAAAAUUGGAAUGGACCAUCAGGCCUUUUUGGGAUCGACCAUAGAGGAGAUCGCUCGGGAGAAAGGAGGUAUCCUGAAACCAGGCGUGCCUUGUGUGAUUGACAGUACCAAUGAAAAGGGCGUCAUUGAGACAUUAUCAAAUAUUGUACAAGAUCUUGGUAUCGAUGCGUCUUUUGUGUCACCGGACAAAGCUAAGGAACACGCUCCAGCUUUUGCAGAGCUACUCAAAGCUUGGGACUUGGAGCCUCACCAAGAAGAGAACAUGUGUCUCGCUGCAUCAGCCUUGAAUAUUGCGCUGGCGCAGAUCCGUCCCCAGACAGAUCCGCUUCGGCUUUUACCUCUUCUUGCGAAAGUCAGAUGGCCGGGACGCUUGGAGAAUGUGGUUCUUGAACCCCUCAUCUCCCGUUCACAACCUGUUCUCCUGGAUGGUGCUCAUAAUCCACAAUCUGCUGCCGUGCUUGGUCGGUACGUUGAUCGCAAGCUUCGCGCGAACUCACAGCCCGUCACGUGGGUUAUUGCCGCUUCAAGUGGCAAAGACUUGGCUGGUGUUUUCUGCUCACUUAUCCAUCCUGGUGACAAUGUUGCAACGGCCGAGUUUGGGCCCGUGGAUGGUAUGCCUUGGGUGAUGCCUACGAAGUCUACUGAUCUCGCCUCAACUAUGAGCUCAAUCUCUGACAUUGGACAGAUGAAGAGCUUCGAAGGGGACCUGCUUUCCGCAAUGCAAUGGGCUAGCGAAGUCUCUCAGAGUGGGCCGAUAGUCAUUGCCGGCAGCCUGUACCUCGUUUCAGAUGUCCACCGUCUUCUUCGAAAUGCGAAGCAAUGA